AUGGCUACCCCUAGUGUCCUCGCUUUUGACGCUGAGGGUCGGGCCAUUGACUUUGACGUCUGGAUAGAUGACCUGCAGCUUUUCUUACAGUGCGAUAGGGCGGACGGUCUCUCUCUCUUUGACCUCACCUCUGGUGCCUCUCCUGCCCCUGCUGCUGAUGCUGACGCCAGUGUCCGCUCACAGUGGGCCACGCGCGAUGCUGCUGCACGUCUUGCUGUGCGUCGCCACCUGCCUACCUCUGGGCCUGCACUGAGCCGCCUCAUGCUACCGUACCUCUUCCCUGACCUUGCUGCCUUUCCCACAGUCGCUGACCACAUUACGCACCUCCGCACUAGUGACACUCGCUACUGCGCUGCGCUUCCUACUGAGUUCUGCGCCAAGAACCCCCCCCCCCCAAUGUACAUCACUCUCUACUACAUAGUCACCCGCCUCCCUGAUUCCCUUCGCGUAGUCAGGGACCACUUUCUCUCAGUCUGUCCCACCACUCUCACUAUUGACCUCCUUGAGAAGGCCCUCCUAGCAGAGAGAAGAGCAUAG